UCCAAUCUCUCCUUACAAAUUGCCCCUGUCCAGAAUUUGUUUUGCGCUUUACGCUUUGUCGUAUCUAUGCAAUUGAGAUCACUAUGAACCUCUCUGCAAUUGAUCUCCGCCUCAAUUCUUUUCACGCCACCGCCUCCACCUCCGCUGCUACUUCCACUAGUCUCUUCAAUAAAACUUCCAUCCACUUCAUCCAAUUUCGCGUCUUUCGAAAGCGCCGCCGUUUUAAAUUUAAUGUUAGAAGUAGCAUCAAUUAUCCUUUCGAAAACCUCUUUCAUAGCUUGCCCAACCCCUUCGCCUCAACUAGCUCCCUCGAUUUGUUGGCUCCAGCUUUAGGCCUUUUCUCUGGACUGGCUAUUUAUGCCUCUCAGUCUAUUUCUGAUAAACCGCCCCCUCUAUCAUGUAUUGGAAAUUGGGUUUUGUUCACCAGUCCGACGCCUUUUAAUCGUUUUGUCAUUCUUCGGUGCCCAUCCAUAUCUUUAGAAGGCAGUGAUUUCUUAGAGAGUGUAAACGAGAAGCUCGUGAAGGAAGAUAGACAUUUUGUGAGAUUAAAUAACGGGAGGAUCCAGGUGAGAGGUGGAGACGAUGAGAGGGCGAGUGAAUUGGAGGCGAAAUUGAAGUACCAAAGAGUGUGUGUAAAUACGGAGGAUGGUGGUGUCAUUUCGUUAGAUUGGCCAGCGAAUUUGGACCUGCUGGAGGAGCAUGGAUUGGACACCACUUUGUUGUUGGUGCCGGGAACCGCGCAGGGCAGCAUGGAGAAGGGUAUUCGGUCGUUUGUUUGUGAAGCGCUGGAGAACGGGUUCUUUCCGGUGGUUAUGAAUCCAAGAGGCUGCGGUGGUUCGCCUCUUACCACAGCUCGGUUAUUUACAGCCGCUGACAGUGAUGAUAUCUGCACUGCCAUACAGUUCAUCAACAAUGCUAGGCCAUGGACAACUUUGAUGGGUGUUGGCUGGGGAUACGGUGCAAACAUGUUGACAAAAUACUUGGCAGAAGUCAGAGAAGGAACACCUCUUACAGCUGUCACGUGCAUCGACAAUCCUUUUGACUUGGAGGAGGCCACAAGGUCCUCUCCUCAUCACAUUGCUUUGGAUCAAAAGCUCACUAAUGGAUUGAUAGAUAUCCUGCGAUCUAACAAGGAAUUAUUUCAAGGCCGAGCAAAAGGCUUUGAUAUGGAAAAGGCUCUAUUGGCAAAAUCCGUUCGUGAUUUUGAAGAAGCAAUAUCUAUGGUAUCUUAUGGUUUUAAGGCUAUUGAAGACUUCUAUGCAAAAUCUAGCACUCAAAGUGUGGUUGGAAAUCUGAAGAUUCCUGUUCUUUUUAUACAGAACGAUAAUGGAACACUGCCACCUUUUUCUAUCCCACGCAGUUUGAUAGCUGAAAAUCCAUAUACUAGCCUUCUCUUUUGUUCCUGUCCUCCAUCUACUAUUAUUGCAAGUGGUAGAGCUGCUGAAUAUUGGUGCCAGCAUCUUACCAUUGAGUGGCUUAUAGCUGUGGAGCUUGGACUUUUGAAGGGUCAUCAUCCACUUCUAAAAGAUGUAGAUGUUACCAUCAACCCUUCAGAAGGCUUAGCUCUUGUGGAAGCUAGAGCAACUAAUAAGGAUGUUAAAGUUAAUAAGCUCUUAGAUUAUAGUCGGACAAACGGUUUGAACAUCUAUUCUGUCAAUGAUAUAAAUGAGGUGCCAGAAAAAAGUAAUGAUAAUGAUUGCAUCCAUCAAAGUUCCAGAAGAGAGUCACAAAUAGAGCUUGGCAAAGAGGAAUUGCAAGAAAUGGACAACGGUGCAUUGCAGCAGACUGGUCCAGUUGAUGCAGAACUGGUCAAAGAGGAGGAAGCCAAUCCAAUAGAUAGUGAAAGGAGCCAAGUAUUACAGUCUACGCAAGUGGUUAUAAAUAUGCUUGAUGUAACUAUGCCUGGCACAUUGACAGAAGAAGAGAAGAAAAAGGUCUUAACUGCUGUUGGUAAAGGAGAGACACUUAUGAAAGCUCUGCAAGAUGCCAUGCCUGAAGAUGUGCGUGGAAAUCUUUUGGCUGCAGUAUCUGGGUUUUUGCAUGCUGAGGGCACAAACUUAAAAUUAGAUGGACUUCUGGGUAUUGGUAAGAUACCUAGGGUAACAUCAGAGUUUAAGUCAAAGAUCCAAGAGGUCAGAGGAAUAUCAAGUGCUGAAGGGUUGUAUAAAGAUCCUCACAGAGCAGAUCAGGUGAAAAGGGUUGACAAUUUGGCAGAGGGCUCUGACAAUGUGCAACCCGACAUGGCCAAGUCUGAUGGUGGAUUGCCUUUAGAAAAAUUGCAAAAAUCUGAUGAUGUAGGCCAAUCUCAGUCAAUGAAUGGUCUACCAGUUGACAUUUCUAGCUCAGUCAGGAAGAACACUAGUGAGUUUGGAAAUAAUCAUGAAAAUGAUGGGAUCAUUAAAGAAAAAGUUGUUCCAUAUCCUAACAUUGGUGAAAAUGAAUCAGAAACAAGUGCUAAUUCUAGCAAUACCAGCCAACCUGAAAAGACUGUAGGUUCCGAGGAAUAUGAGGACAAAGUGGAACAGGAUGAUAGAGUAUCCCUGGUAGAAACAAAAUGUGAGGAUAGUACCCAGAAAAUUGUAGAAAAAGCUCUCGAUCCUAACUCUGAUCAUAAUAAGACAACAUCUGCCAAUGUUACAGAGGAGGCAGUUUCACCUCUGGGAUCCUCUUCAGAAGCUCAAUCAAUGGAGAAGGAAGGAAAUGAUAAUCAGAAGAGAGAAAAUAAAAUUUUGCAGCCUGCAACUGAUCUUAAUCCUGCCACCUUCAGUGUUUCUCAAGCACUAGAUGCGUUGACAGGAAUGGAUGAUUCCACCCAAAUGGCUGUUAAUAAUGUUUUCGGUGUAAUAGAAAAUAUGAUUACUCAGUUGGAAGAGAAAAAUGAUGAUGAAAAUGAUAUCAAGGAGAAAACUGAGGUUAAGGAUGAGAAAAUUGAUAAUUCUUCUGAGAAACAAAGAAUUGGAAGUCAUGAAAGAUCAAAAUCAAAAGGCACUGGGAACGAUAAGGGUUUACAGUCUCCUGCAUCAUCUGAUCCUUCUGCACAUGAUAGUCAUGAGAGUGGUAUGGACAUUCAGCAUGAAGCAAGAACUGAGAGGCUGGAGAGUGAACACAAUCAAAAUCCCAUUUUAUGUGAUAGCAGUGGUCCUAAUAAUUCUCACAGAAAAAAGAUAACUAAAAGUUUAGAUGUGGAGAAAAAGAGGGAAUUAGUUGGGAGCAAACUUUUGUCUGACCAUUCAGAUGAACUAAAUGAAAAUAACUUCCCAUUAUACAAUCCUCUGAAUCUUUAUGGGGAUUCAAUACAAAAUGAAUACUUAAGCAGGUAUCCUAUGUCAAAAUUGCCAAAUGCCAAAUCAUUGGAUCUAGAUACAACUACUGCUCUAUUGCUUGACUACUUUCCAGAAGAAGGUCAAUGGAAGCUCUUGGAGCAAGCUGGAAAUUUCGGAGAUUCUAUUGGUGAUUUUAGGACCUGUGUGGAUGGCAACAUAGAAGUGCACACCCACUCAUUUGAAGAGGUAGAUGACGCAGAUAAAUUUAUUGAACCAGCAUAUUUAAUAUUAGAUACAGAUAAACAGCAAGAACCCAUGAGAGGAAACAAAAUGAAGGAUCAUAUGAAUGAAAAUGUUGAAAGUACUGGGGUUGCAUUGACAGAGUUGAUGCGUUUGGUGAAAAAUAUUAUGUUCAAUUCUUUGAAGGUCGAAGUUGAACGUAAACUAAGUCCAUUUGAUAGGAAAGAAAUGGAAUCAAAAGUUGCUACAGAUAUAAAAUAUGUGGCUAAUGCUGUCUCUUUGGCUGUUGGGAGUGACAGCAAACAUAUAUGGUAUUUGGAUGAUAAACACUACACUAUUGACGAUACUUCAAAAAAAUUUGGCACACUUCAAGGUGAAAAUAUAAUCAGAGCCAUUACCUCUGCUGUCCAGAGCACAAGUUAUCUGAGAAAAGUACUUCCAGUUGGUGUUAUUGUAGGCUCUAGUUUAGCUGCUUUGCGAAAAUAUUUUAAUGUGUCUACUGAGAAUGAUAAUAGUCAAAAAGAACCAAAGAUCUAUUAUCUAAACAGGAAAUCUGGAGGGAGAAAAGAGGACAAGGCCAGGGUAACAGAGAUUUGUCAGAUGCCUUUUGACAAAAAUACUAUUUCAAAUGGUUCAGUAAAUAGAGAAGUGAUACGGAAUGAAUUGAAAAACUUAAACAAUGGAGGUGUCAUGGUCGGUGCUGUUACUGCUGCCCUGGGAGCAUCUGCACUACUUCUAAAGCAAUCGGAUUUGCACGAAGACAAGGGAAUUUCUGAAAAUAUGUCCAAGCCCUUAAAUGAGAAAGAAAUUCAUCAAAAAGAACCUGCAAAACUUGAGGGGGCAAUGACUGAAAAAAACCGGAAUAGCAUAGUGACAAGCCUCGCUGAGAAAGCCAUGUCAGUUGCUGGUCCAGUAGUACCAACAAACGAAGAUGGUGAAGUCGAUCAAGAAAGAUUGGUCACAAUGUUGGCCGAUUUAGGACAAAGGGGUGGCAUGUUGAAGCUAGUAGGCAAAAUUGCUUUGCUUUGGGCUGGUCUACGUGGUGCAAUGAGUCUGACUGAUAGGCUUAUCUUGUUUCUGCGUAUAGCUGAUCGCCCAUUGUUCCAAAGAAUUCUUGGGUUUGUUGGCAUGGUGUUUGUUCUAUGGUCCCCUGUCGUUGUUCCACUGCUGCCAACUCUUGUGCAGAGUUGGACAACAAAUAAUCCAUCCAGAAUUGCAGAGCUUGCUUGCAUCAUUGGUCUUUAUACUGCUGUUAUGAUACUGGUUGUGCUAUGGGGCAGAAGAAUACGUGGAUAUGAAAAUCCACUAGAGCGAUAUGGGCUUGAUAUGACAUCGUUAUCCAAGGUCCAAAAUUUUUUGAAGGGGAUUAUUGCAGGUCUCAUCCUUGUGUUAUUACUACAGUCAGUGAAGGCUUUACUUGGUUGUGCGAGUUUCUCUUGGCCAUCAAGUAUUCCAUCACCUUUAAAUGGUGCAACAUGGCUCAGAGUGUGUGGGAAAUCCUUUAUGCUGGCAUGCCGUGGUAUCAUAACAGCAACUGCCAUUGUGCUAGUUGAAGAAUUGCUUUUCAGGUCAUGGUUGCCUGAAGAAAUUGCCGCAGAUCUUGGUUAUCAUCGUGGAAUUAUAAUCUCGGGACUUGCAUUUUCUCUAUUUCAGAGGUCUCCAGAGGCAAUCCCAGGACUAUGGCUAUUUUCUUUGGCUCUAGCAGGUGUUCAUCAAAGAAGUCAAGGCAGCCUUUCUGUUCCAAUUGGUUUGCGUGCUGGGAUUAUGGCCUCAAGUUUCAUUUUACAAAAUGGUGGCCUCCUAACUUACAAUUCGGAUUUCCCUGUUUGGGUAACUGGAACUCACCCAUUCCAACCGUUCAGUGGAGUAUUUGGUCUUGCAUUCUCUUUAUUAUUGGCAGUUAUUCUGUAUCCAAGACAGCCUCUGGUAAGGGAAGAAACUGAAAGGACAACUGGGGAGUGAACAAAAUUGUCUGUCAAUGGAUGAGUUACUUUCAUACUUGGCGAUGGCAACUUCCAUCAAUUUUACUUGUGAUGUCGGGUUCGAAAGAAUGUUCCUAUAAAUUCGUGAGCAGAAUAAUAGGGAACACAGAAAAAAAUGUUGAAUGUUAGGAAUUGCAUUGUUUGUAAGGGGCAAAAUCUCAAUAGCAGAGGACUCGGCUUGCACAUAUGAGAGGCACAUAUACUGAUCACAGUGUACAGCCUAGAAAGUCAAAGAUCAAAUACCAGGGCAAGUUUUGUAAGUACGAAAGAAAUGUAUAUUUUCAAGUUUUCACCUUUUACAUGUUUGUGUUUGUUGAUUUGCUUUUACUUUUUCACAACUUUGUAAGCAAGAAAGAAAUGUAUAUUUCCAAGUUUUCACCUUUUA